GUAUUACGUAUGACAACCGUAAGCGUAAAAACUGAGCUAGUGAACUUUUCUGAUUAAGUGAUUUUCUAUACUGAAGGUGGGUGUUGUGUUUCACAAACUUUAGUGGUAAAUUAAUAAAGCUAUUUACUGUGGUUACGUUGCAUGUUUUUGGAGGACCAUAAAUAAUGGUGAAAAUAGGGCUGCAGAUCAAGGCGAAUUUGGACCACGUUGAGGAACUGUACACGAACCACCCCAAUUAUACAUUUUUGCUCAAAUUAAAAUGCCUAAAUUGCGGCGAAACUUCGGAUAAAUGGCAUGGAAUUACCGAAUCUGAAACAUUCCCCACAAAAAUGGGAAAAACUGAGACUCAUUACCUGGCAAAGUGUAAAUUGUGUGGUCGGGAAAACAGUUUGGAUAUUAUUGAAGGCACUAACGGUAAAUACACAAACGAGGACCAAGACAAGUUUAAAACCAUCGUGGUUUUUGACUGUCGGGGUAUAGAGCCUGUUGAGUUCACCCCAGGUGAGGGGUGGGUCGCCAAAAUCGAAGAAAGUGGCAAAGUCUUCAACGACGUUGAUUUGAAUGACGCAGAAUGGGUUGAGUAUGACGAUAAGAUUAAAGAAUCGGUUGGUAUUUACGACUUGCAGUCACAGUUUAUAAAAAUUAAAUAAAGCGUUUAAAGUAUA